AUGCUAUCGAGGCUCACGCAUACUUGGCGAGUUCACACCUGGCAAGUGCGCUCCUUGCGGGUUCUCUCCCGCAAUCUUCAGACGCAGGCACGGUACGAGUAUGCCUCGCGUGAUGACCAGGACGACAGUUCGUUUCUGCCACGAUCUGGACUUGCGACGCCACGACAGCUUGUACGAUACCUCGAUGAAUAUGUAAUUGGGCAAGAUAUCGCGAAGAAGGUGCUUUCCGUUGCUGUAUUCAACCACUACACCCGUGUUCGCGCAAAUCUUGCUGCGUUUGGCGAUGAGAACGAUGCGGACCCAUGGGCAGAAGCAAAAGAGGAUGAUUCACACUCGAGCGUGUCGCCUGCACACCUGCAUCCUCACCUCCAGCGUGUCCUCCCGCACCAAUUACCCCUUCAACCUCGACAACCAGUCUCGUUAUUUGAGAAAAGCAAUGUAUUGGUUAUAGGACCAACAGGAUCGGGGAAGACCUUACUCGCGCGUACACUUGCACGCGUCCUUGACGUUCCAUUUUCCGUCAGUGACGCAACAUCUUUCACGCAGGCCGGUUAUGUAGGAGAGGAUGUUGACAUGUGCAUACAACGAUUGCUGCAAGCAGCCAAUUGGGACUCGUAUCGCGCCAGCACAGGUAUUGUCUACAUUGACGAGGUCGAUAAGAUCGCACGAAAAUCUUCAUCUACCACUGAGAGUUCGCGAGACGUCGGUGGAGAGGGAGUGCAACAAGCUCUUUUGCGAAUGAUGGAGGGUGCCGUCGUCACUGUGCAAGGGAAGCCCGCGCCAUUGGAUCCCCCAGCACCUACGGCGCGAGGGCGGGGCUCCCCAGCUGUUGCUCAGCGUAAGUCUCAUCAGAACACAGAGAGGCCCGAUACGUAUCACAUUGACACUUCAAAUGUGCUCUUUAUACUUAGCGGUGCGUUCGUGGGACUUGAUACCGUCGUGAAGCGGCGGGUGAGCAAAGGAUCCAUUGGUUUCACUGCAAACCUCGCACCCAAGGAUGAAGACUCAGAUAGCAAGGGUUUCAUGCCGUUCUUCACAUCAAACCGUCGAUCAUCAGAAAACUUACUAGAGAUGAUAGAACCCGCUGAUCUUGUUAAAUAUGGUUUUAUUCCCGAAUUUAUCUCUCGCCUCCCAACCAUAACUACUUUAUCCCCGCUAAGCACCCAGGAUUUACGACGCAUUCUAACCGACGUCCGUGGAUCACUUAUUAGCCAGUACACCGCGCUCUUCGGGUACUCGGGCGUGGAAAUUAGGUUUACAACAGCUUCGAUUGACCAAAUUUGUUUGCGAGCUGUCGAACGAGGUGGAGGGGCGCGAGGGCUGAGGGGAAUCAUGGAAUCGUUACUGUUGGAUGCGAUGUAUGAAGUACCUGGAUCGAACGUUCGUUAUGUUCUGAUAACGGAAGAUGUGGUGCUAUGCAAGUCGCCAGCUCUUUACUGGAUGCGUGGAGACGGUCCGGCGUUCUGGGCGGCCUGGGCGGACGAGGAGCAGCGAGCGGAAAGGCAUCAGGUGUAG